AUGAUAAAAUGUUGUGAACAUAUCGACAAGACUGAUAUUGAUUGUAACCAUUUUCAACUAAUUGGAAGCAGCUUAGAUUUGGCAGGACGAGAUUCUAAAAUUAUAACUCUUCAGUACCUGAAUAUUUAUUCAUACAAUCGUCGAGGCGAAUGUGAUGUUCGUGUAAAUAUAAUAUAUAACAGAAAUGAACAUAUCGAAUCAACAGUCAUUCAAAAGAUUUAUUUUGAUACAACAGUAAACAAAGGAAAUCAUCAUUUAGGUAUGAAAUGUGAAUUUCCUGAUGAGGACUAUUUAGAUUAUUGUAAUCCUAUAAAUUGUCAUAUGAAAUAUUCUGGAUAUCGAGGAUUUUUUAGUACAGAAAAACAAAAAUGUGUUCAAAUUCCAACAUGUCAAUCAAAAAAUAAUAGAGAUCAGGCCUAUAUUUGGUUUAACAACCAAUGUGCAGAUCUAAAUCAUACCAUUACACAAAAAGACAUUCAAGAAGUAUUAUCUAGGAUAGAAAACAAUAAAAGUGACGAACAGUUCCAAACAUUCGACGAAAUUCAUUCUACCCAAAAAAUCCGUUGUCACAAUGGAUAUUUGAACAGCAUUACUGAUUUAUGUGAAUGUGAUCUUGGAUGGGAAAAUGAAAAGAAUAUUAAUUGGAAUGAUUUUAUACCAUCUACUAUACCAUUACAAAUGUGUAUGGUCCGUAAACAAAUUUCUAAAAACCUUAUUCAAAGCUUAAAAUUUGCUCUACUACCAAAAAGCUGGACAUUUGUUGAACUUAUUUGUGCAUUAUUAAUAAGUUGUGUGAUUAUAACAUUUAUACAACUUUUUAUUAUUUCUUCGAGGCCAAACUAUAUCAAAGUUUGAAUAUUCAUAUAUUCAUUAAUAUUAUUAUUUUU